AUGAUAAUUUCGAUUCUUCUUCUGAAGAAUAAAGUAAUUACCAUCGAUUUUGGUUCAUAUUACACUAAAGCAGCUCAUGAAGGAUCAAAUAACGUACCAGAUAUGCUUUUAAAUACAUUUUCAAAGAGAUUAACACCUUCAUUUGUUGCUUUUAAUACGCCAAAGGAUUUCGAUAAUAUAACAUCUGAUCCUUUAAGUCCAGAAGAAAUUGAAUCAUUAGUACCUAUAAUUGGUGAUCAUGCAUAUACAAAAUUAUUAUCUUAUCCAUGGCUCGGCGGUGGAUAUUUUCAACCAUAUAUCGAUUUAGAUAAAAAUGAAACACGAGAUCUUGCAGAUAGACUACUAUCUUACCCUCCUUGCGAAACUAGAUUCAAAAAUUUCAAUUUAACAGCAACAUUUCUUCACUUCUACACUAAAAUGAUGUUAAAAGAUGGAUUUGAAAACACAAAAGUUAACUUCGUCGUUCCAGGAUCAUUUACAGAACCACAAAUUUUAGAAUUACAUGACAUUGCUAGAGCAGCUAAACUCCAAAACGAAACAAUUACAUGGGAUUGGGAAGCAGCUGCGAAUUUAUUCGCUCAGAGGCGUCCAGAUGUUAUACAGCCUGAUAAUCGAAUUGGAUUAUUUGUUGACAUCGGCGCAACGUCAUCAAAAGCUUAUGCAAUCAGAUUUGAAGAGCAGAAGGGUGUUCCCAAAUACAAUGCGCGCCUUCUUGACUAUCAUAUUGAUUAUGAUACAGGAGGAGCUUAUUUAACAGCCGGAUUAGCCAGAUUUGUAAAGAAAAAGCUUACAUCCAAAGAAAUUUCGCCAGCAGAAAUGGGCAGAAUUCUUGAACAGUGCGAAAAAGCUAAAAGAACUUUAAGUUUGUUGGAAGAGACUAAAAUAACAAUAGAAAACAUUUCUGGCAAAGACAGAAUAGUAACUAUUACAAGGGAUGACUUAGAUGAAGUUGCAAAGCCUCAUGUUUUGAGAAUUUCCAAAUUAAUAAAAUUAUCUUACAGAAAAUCGAAAGUUGACUUUGUAGAAAUAAUUGGUGGAGGCUCUAGAUCACCACCUAUUCGCAGAGCCAUUAUGAAAGAAAUUGGAGCUGAAAAAUUAAACUCAUCAAUGAAUGUUGAUGAAGCAUUGGCAAUGGGCGGCCAAUGCCAAGUCCUAACUAAUUGGGUGGCUGGACAGAUGAACGAGUCAUUUUAUAAGAUAGAUAUCUGCGCAUUAUAUAAUUGUCAUGAUGUUUUACUUGGAACUUCCAAAGAACUUGGUUUUAGUAAUAAUCCAGAGUUCGUGUACUUCAAUAUCACAACUCCUUUGAGAAGAGGACUUUUCUCAUAUAAUUGGACUUAUUACGUUCCGAAACCAGGUUACGGACUCACGAACUACUUCUAUUAUACAAGAGGCCCCGUCAGGCUUGAUCGUGUCCUCUCUUGUUACCUUGGAGAUUGUAAACCAAAUUCGGCCACUCUUUUGCGACCAUACUAUGGUAAUUUUGUUAACUACCUCGAAGCAGUAACAAAUGAUAGAAGAAAACUAGAGUAUUUGACUAAUGAAUUGGAAGAAAUGUAUAAUGUUGUGAAAUCGUCAACAAAUGAUACCAAACUAUAUUUAGAAUCCAAAGGUAUUAUGUUAGAUACAAUAUUAGAAAGAAUUGACCAAUAUCUCUUCGGAAAUGAUUUUAAUAUUUCUUCGACAACGCAAUUGUUGGAGGAAAUGAUUAACAUUCAGAAAUAUUUGGUCAUUAGAUCCGAAGCUUUGGGUUCUAAAGAGAAACUACAAGAUAGUAUCGAUAGAGCUUUCACAAUUUUGAAUGUGACCUAUCCAAUGAAUCCGAAAUGGCUUGAACCGAAUGUUCUCAGAGCUUUCAUGGAGAAAACAGAAUCUGUUGUUCAAUUUAUGAAUUCAAUCGAUUCUAUUGACAUUAAUAAAGAACAAAUAGAUGAAGUAACAGCAUCUCUUGAUACAUGGUGUGAUGCUCUUCCUCCUGUUCCAAAGAAAAUAAGUCAUGAAAUUAUUAUUCAAUAUCUUAACAAAUUUUUAGACAAAAUUCUCAACUUGUUUGUUGAUUUAUAA